AUUAUUGUGGAAAAAAACCGAUACAUUUAGGAGAUCCAAUUCAUAUCGACAUCUAGUAUCGAUUAUGUACACUAAACACUUACGGUACAUUUUUAUGAUAAUUUUUUUUUUAAUCAAUCAAAUACCACCACGUGUUUAAAUUUGAAUGGAUCAAACAUAAUAAUUUGAACCUGAUGAUUCCGUCUGAUAAUGUCCAAUAUUUGGACAAAAAUUUUUGGGAAAAAAGAUAUACAAACAAUGAUAAUAACCAUGUGACACGUGAAUGGCUUGGUGAUUAUUCAUUGUUUUGUGAUUAUUUCCGUCAAAAUGUCAGCAAAUCUUUGUCAAUUUUGAUUCUGGGUUGCGGUAAUAGUUUACUAUCCGAACAAUUAUUCCAAGAUGGUUAUGAAAAUAUUCAUAAUAUCGAUAUAUCAUCAACGGUAAUAAAAACCAUGAGUGAACAUUGUGAUAAAUGUAAACAAAUGAAAUGGUCAACAAUGGAUUGUCGACGUCUUGAUUUCAUUGAUGAAACAUUCGAUGUUGUUAUCGAAAAAGCUACAUUAGAUGUGUUUUUGGUGCAGGAAAAAUCCUCAUGGAAUAUAUCGAAUGAAGCUUUACAAUCACUUCGACCAAUUGGUCAUGAAAUCUAUAGAGUUUUGCGAAAGAAUUCGGGCCAAUUUUUUUCCAUUACAUUUUCGGCACCACAUUUUCGUCAUCCAUUAUUUGGAAAAAUGUUUGAUAAUAAUUUAAAAAUUAAAAAUAUCGAACAAUUAGGCAAUGAAUUUCAUUUCUUUCUUUAUCACUUGACAAAUGAUCCAUCGAUUCGUGAAUCCGUUUCCUGUUUUCAAUAUGAACCACCAAUCCAAAUCGAUAUAAAAAACGAUGGACAAGUUGUCGAUGAUGAUGAU